CACACGCAACGAGUUACGUCGUGGGCCGGUUCUGGGCCGUGGGUCGUCCGAUCCCACGACGCCUCAUUGGACACUAUUUGACACUCUUGACAUUCACCCAUCACAUAAUUAAAACAAAAUUAGUCUAAAUUAUACCUUUUAUUUACGUCUCCUUCAAGAAAAGCCAAAGCAACCUGCCACAAGUGUCCAACCCUUCGAGCCAUCAAGUCGUUUUGAGGUUAGAAUCGAUCGGCGCGUGAGUCCUGAUUUAGGGGGUUAAGUGUUGGUCGACUUAAAAAUUAAAGUGAGUGCUUCAUGGAAAAUAAAAAAAUGUCAGAAUCUGUCAACAUUUCUGGACCUCUAAUCGGUUCCAUCGACGAGGGAACAAGUAGUACUCGAUUUUUGGUUUUUGACGUCCUUCAGAGAAAAGUGGUGGCCUCUCAUCAGUUAGAAAUCAAGCAAUAUUAUCCACAAGAAGGAUGGGUAGAACAAGAUCCAAUGGAAUUACUCGGGGCUGUACUCGAAUGUAUAAAAAAGACAAUGGAGAAAAUGGAAAGUGUUGGACUAAAUAAAUCUGACAUAAAAGCCGUUGGCAUUACCAAUCAGCGAGAAACGACUCUCGUUUGGGAUAAAAAGACUGGAGAGCCUUUGUAUAAUGCAAUUGUUUGGCUCGAUAUGCGGACAACGACAACAAUGGAAAUCGUCCUCGACAAAAUUCCCAAUAAAACGAGGAAUAAAAAUUAUCUGAAACCGCUCUGUGGAUUACCGAUGUCGCCAUAUUUUAGUGCUUUAAAAAUUCGUUGGCUCAUUGAUAAUGUUCCAAAAAUUAGACAGGCUGUUCAGUCUGAAAAUUGUGCCUUUGGGACCGUCGAUACUUGGCUAAUAUGGAAUCUGACGCAGGGAAAAUUACACGCAACUGACGUAUCGAAUGCAUCGAGAACUAUGUUGAUGAACAUCGAAACUUUAAAAUGGGAUCCUCUUCUUUGUCAAUUUUUCGAAGUUCCCCAACACAUGCUGCCUGAAAUUCGUUCCAGUUCGGAGACUUACGGCACCAUUACGAACCCGGAAAUCCUCGCCGGAAUUCAAAUUACGGGGUGUGUCGGAGAUCAACAAGGAGCUCUUCUCGGCCAAUUGUGCCUAAAACCUGGCCAGGCGAAAGCGACUUACGGAACUGGUUGCUUUUUGUUGUACAAUACUGGCCACGUGAAAGUUGAUUCAACCCACGGACUAAUAACAACAGUGGCUUACAAAAUAGGCAAAUCAGCUGCAAUUUACGCUCUCGAGGGUUCGGUUGCUGUCGCAGGAGCUGCUUUGUCUUGGCUGAGAGACAAUAUGCAAAUGCUCUCACAUAUCACACAGUCUCAGACUUUGGCAGAACAAGUUCGGUGCUCUGGUGGCGUUUAUUUUGUGCCCGCUUUUUCCGGAUUGUAUGCACCCUAUUGGCAACAAGACGCAAGAGGAGUAAUUUGUGGAAUCACGGAAGACACACAACAGUAUCACAUUAUUCGAGCAGCUUUGGAAGCAGUCUGUUUCCAAACUCGUGAUAUUCUCGAAGCCAUGGCGAAAGAUUCGGGAACGACAAUGUCGUCUUUACAAGUUGACGGUGGAAUGACUGUUAAUAAUUUGCUGAUGCAAACACAGGCAGACAUCAUUGGAAUUACCGUCGUGAGGCCGAACAUGUUUGAAACGACGGCAUUGGGAGCGGCAAUAUUGGCUGGAAUCGGAGCCAAUCUUCUCGAAAUCACAGACAUUAAUGCGUCGCAAGUUACGAAAUUCAGUCCUCAAAUUGGAGAAAAUGAACGAGAUAUUCGAUACACAAAAUGGAAAAUGGCAGUCGAAAGGUCAUUGAACUGGGAUAAUUCAUCAGCUCCUACGUUUGAUAGUUAAGAAAGGGAUUUUAAAAAAUUUAUAAUCGUUUUGCUCUCUCCAAUUUUGUUUUUUGUUUGUUCUGUUUGUUUUUCAAUUCGGAAGAUGUCAUUUUAUCAUUAUCACAGUUUAGAUAAUUCACUCUAGAAUUUAGAGUUUGCUAUUUAGAAUUUAAAACUUGACAUUUUCCAAAAAUCCAAACAUGAUCAGAAAAUAUGGAUUGGAAUUUCGAAUCAUUCUAAAAUUCUCCUCUUUUUUUUUUUAAAUUAAAUUAAAUUAGCGCAAGUUCAGAAAUUUAGGUAGUAUCAAAAUGACGAAAAAAUUACUUUUAAUCGAGAUACUUAACUUUGAAUUUAAUUUUGGAAAUUAGGAAAAUGAUUUUCGGAAAAUUGUCGUAAUUUCCAAUUGCAGAUUUCGAAGCAUGAUUUAGGUUAUUUGAAAUAUAAAAAAGAAAACGUAAUGUAGAAAGGCUCAUGGCAUAUUUUUCUACAUUCCAGAGCUCGAAACGAAGAGUAGAUAUCAUUAAAUUAGGUAAUUAAAGUUUAAAUUAAAAAAUUGAAUUUAUUCAAUUUCGACAAUUAAUUAAUUGAAUUAGGCGAAGUAUUUAUUUAAGUAUUUUGUCUGCGAUGCACAUUCAUACGCUACAAUAAUAAUAAUUGAUUGCAGCGCAAAUAUUUUAUUGUUAUCCAAAAAAUGUAGGAAAUUUCCGAAAGUUUUGAGUAAGUGGAAGGAAAGAGUUUUUUUUUUUUUUUUUGUAAUUUAUAUUAUAUAAUAUGUGAUAUACCUGUGUACUUUACAAGUUUCCUUUCCGUGAAACAGCAUACAUGAUUUUCUUGAUUUGUACGUUGGGAAUCCGAAAUAUUUUGUGAAUACUCUGUUAAUUUGAUUUUGAAAAUUAAUUUGUCCUUUCAAUUCGAAUUUUAAUUAAUUUUUUGCAAUUUUAAUUCGAUGCGAAUCGUAGGCGUUUUUUUUUUAUUUUUAUUUCUUAUUCAACUUUCGGUCCAGAAAAGCUUUCUUUGGAUUCUUAUUAUAUUUUUGACUCAAUUUAUAUAAUUAUAUCAUUCGACAAUAUAUGUAUAAAAAUGUUGUUAAAAUGCAAUUUUAGACGAUUUUUUAUUGUUGAAGUCGUUGAAUUGCUUUGUUGAAAUGUGCGGGUGCGAAACGAAAGUGAACAAAAAAAAAUAAUAAUAAUAAACAUUUAUCGUGUUGAUUUAA